AGGAUCCUGAGCUCAGUGUCUUAAGGGGAGAAAAACAAAAGGUCAACGAGGCCUAAUUGGUGCUAACGGUCCACGGGCGAGUGUGUACAGUAGCACUUGGUUGUUUUUUUUCGCUCUCUUUAUCUGACAGGAUACUUUCCGACACCUCUGAGAGACACGUCCUCUUUUCCUGGUUUAAGCAAACAUAGACACGGGCCUCGGUUCGAGCAGGGUAAUGGAUUGGGACUAAUGAAUGAGCUCAGAGCGUGCACCGCUGCACGUAUAGUGUGUGUGUGUGUGUGUGCGUGCGUGAGGGGUGAAUGAAGGGGGUUGUCUGAUACCACUAUAAAAGAGGGAGGCAGAUGGAAGAAAACGUCAGAACAGAAAGCAAGAAGGGAGGCCACGGAGCUUACGCACACAAACACACACACACACAAGCACACAGACUCGUCUACGCACCGGUGCUCAAGAUGAAAGGCACACACUUCAGCGCUGGUCUCGUCCUGCUCCUCGUCCUCGUCCAGAGCAGCCUGGAGCUCCCGCUACAAGACGACACGACCAGCUCAGAGACAGACGCGAGUCUCCUGGACGAGAGGAAAGACACGAUGCGCGUGAGGAGACAUUCAGAGGGAACUUUCUCUAACGACUACAGUAAAUACCUGGAGACACGGCGGGCGCAGGACUUCGUUCAGUGGCUCAUGAACUCCAAGAGGAGCGACAGCCCGGCCCGGCGCCACGCUGACGGCACCUACACCAGCGACGUCAGCUCGUACCUGCAGGACCAGGCGGCUAAAGACUUCAUCACCUGGCUGAAAAGCGGCCAGCCCAAACCAGAUGCCGUUGAGACGAGGAGCGUGGACACGUUACGCAGGAGACACGUGGACGGCAGCUUCACCAGCGACGUCAACAAGGUGCUGGACAGCAUGGCCGCCAAGGAGUACCUCCAGUGGGUCAUGAGCUCUCCGCUGUCGGCGAGCGGCAAACGACACUGAAGUCCCGGAGAAAGACAGAGUGCUUCCCGUUCCCGGAGUGAACCUUUAGGAUGUCGUUCUUCACCCUGAGAAUCUUCAAAUCAUGGAAAAGCCAUAGUCCUUAGCCAGAGCUGAUACAACACAGGAAAUCCAAAGCCAUAUAUAUAUAUAUAUUUAAUGUUCAAUAGUUUGUACUGCGAGUAUUUAUUUGCCAGAGAUUUGUGCUACGCCUGAAAAGUCAAGGAUAUGAAAAAGAAAUAUUUUUCUAAU